AUGCUCUUCCUAUUCGUGACUCUUGCGGGUUCUUGUAGCUUACACUCUGCCAUUCAUCGACAACACUCGCAAGAAACAUGCUAUUCCCUCCAGCACUCGUUCCUGUGAUCAUUUGCUUGCGUGGGAAUUAACGCGUGCAGAGAAAGCGAUCUUAAGGAUCGCACAACGAGUAUAUCUUGCAAAUGACGUAAGCGCGAAUCCAACAAACCAAUCGGGAAGCGAAGCUCAAUACUUUAAACCCGAAGGGAUUAUCAGGGUGGGCAGCCGCCUCAAGAACGCCCCAUUAAAAUUUGAACAAACACCCUGCCUUACUCCCAAAAUCCGGCAUGCAUGUUUACUUCACGUGGGUUGCCACAUUAGCUUCCGUCUAAGAAAGAUUUUGGGUAAUCGCCGGAAGACGGGUGGUCAAGAGCAUAUUACGCCAGUGCAUAGCAUGUUUUCGCCCGAACCCUUCUAG